GUGCGUUCACAUUACUCACCAUCCGGCGGCGCCGCGGAAGGAAGCGGUGCCGAUAGCGGCCGCCCCGAGCUCCCCCGACCCUGUGCCCGGCUGCAGAGUGAGUGUGGACGCGGCGAUGGAGCCGUACCGCACCGUGCUAGCCGUUCUCGCCGUGCUCCCGGCAGCGGCCGUGGAUGUGACCCCCGAGUGUAUCGGCUGUAUUUGUGUCGCCACCAGCGGGUGUAACCUGUCGCCCGGCCUGAACGCGAGUGGCGCCCUCGGCCCGUUUGGCAUCACGCUCCCCUAUUUUGAGGACGCCAGGAUAGGCGACGAGCCGGAUUUCAGCGAUGAAACGCAUGAGUCGUGCGCCGGGGACCCGUUCUGUGCUGCGCUGACCAUCAGGAAGUACAUGGAGCGUAACGCCCGCGACUGUGACGGGGACGACCGACUGACCUGUGCCGACUUUGCACGGAUUCAUCGGUACGGCGCGCCCGACUGCUCUCUGACGGCGGACACAUCUGGCUACUGGAGGAGGUUCCAGGACUGUGUGCAGAUUUAUACCAGCGCUUGACACGGGAUAGUGCCGGUUGAUAACGAGUUUGGCGCAGAGAAGAUCGCGUGCCCCAGAGGAGAGAAAAUGGAAGUGAGAAGGCUGCAGAUUACAUUUAGAAACCGCAUUCGUAUUCAAGACACAGUGGUCAAAGUGUGUAAUCAAAUUGGAAUGUUAGACGAAUGCUAUGAAUGUUAGAUGAGUGGUGGGGAAACCGAGGUGCCGGGAGAGCAGGAUGACGAUGAAAUGGGCGUGAGGUCUGGGGAAAGACCGCUGUGCAAAUGGUAUGGCCGGCUGGUUGACGUCUUGGACGUUUGAUAAACAAUCGUGCGUUACCUACAAUUGACAAACAAUUGAUAAACAAUUGACGUUACCUACGCUUUUUAUUGCACGCCGUGGGGCUAGAGCGCUCGAGCUAUAUUCGUAGCCAUAUUAGUUCGAUCAUGCUUUUUCAAUUGUAAUAGAUACGCCUUGUUUCUUCGUGGGCAGACCGUGCUAUGUACUUUGUACUUUUGUUUGUAUGCGAUUUGUCAGAAAUAUAGCUUGCAUUUACCUUAGCCGAGGCCUCUCAAUAGCUGCGUUUUACAUCAGAAGGCGCUAACUGAACUGA